CUGAUACUUAAUACGCACUUUGGCUGUUUAUGUCUAGUUUAUGUGUUACAACUGCGUAGAAAAUUGCAGAUUAAGUAUUUAUAAUUUUAUCAACUUGAACCCUUGAUUAGAUUAAAGUACAACGAAAAUGGUAAAAAUUGGUCUCCAGGUGAAAGCUAACCUUGAAAAUAUCGAGUCUCUGAAGCCUCAGGAGGAAUCGUUCAAGUGGUACAUGAAAUUUGCCUGCAAUAACUGCGGAGAGGUCUCAAGUAAGUGGAAUUAUAUUAUGCUAGAAGACGAGAAGCCAGCUCAAAGGGGCAGUGGGGUCACCCACUACGUCACCAAGUGCAAGCUGUGCGCCAGAGAAAACUCUCUGACCAUUUUGCCGGACACUAUUAGUGAAAUUAAAGCGGACACUUGUGAUCAGUUUAAAACUAUCGUUGUGUUUGAUUGUCGUGGGCUAGAGCCCAAGGAUUUUUCAGCUAGAGAAGGCUGGAUAGCUUCUGUUGAUGGUGGUACAACUUUUAACAACGUAGAUCUCAGCGAAGGAGAUUGGGCAGACUAUUGUGAUAAGACAAAGCAGCCUGUUAGUAUCAGUUGUAUUGAACACAAUUUCGUAAGGGUCAAAUAGCAAGUUACUUUGUUUGCUAUUACACUUACUGUAAAAUACAUGCAUUUAUUACAUUACUAUGAUUUCUGAUCCAUAUCUAUGUUUUUUUACAUUUUUUUUUUAAAGUUUAUUAUUUAAU